GAAAAAAAAAAAAGAUAAAAAUUUAAACAUUGCAAGCUCAUCGUCCCGUGGAACCAGCAACAACACAACAGUGCUGUGUUUUUUAUUUUUAUUUUUUCUCAUUUGAUCCACAAAAAAAAGCAAACUUUAAGGAGAAAGAAGCGAAAAAAAGUGCUCCUUUUCGACACCCAGAUUUCAGUUUCAGUGAUUGUGGGACUUGGAAAGGUUAUUUGGAAGAACCUUAACUAAGGGAUUGGUGCUGUUGAUAAGAGUCCCUGAAAUGUAUGGGCCUGUGGCCACUUCAGAUUCAGCCACAUCCCGGGGUGGAUUGCCAAAUGACUGUGGGGACUCUGUUGUGACUUUGGAUCAAGUUCCGAGGUGGAUUGAUGCUGAGCAUUCCUUACAGUACGACAAUGGAGAUUCAUCAUUUUCCAGUUCAUACUUCCCUGAUCCCUUGGCAUUCAAGUUGGGGACGGAGAGCGGUGGUGGUGUGUCAAGGUUUCCUGUUGACCAUGAAGUUAAUUCUAAGAUAUACUUGUGGAGGGGGAACCCCUGGAACCUUGAGGUUGAUGCUGUGGUAAAUUCGACGAAUGAGGUUUUGGAUGAAGCACUCAGCAGCCCUGGAUUGCAUGCUGCAGCUGGACCUGGUCUUGCAGAAGAAUGUGCAACUUUGGGUGGAUGUCGAACAGGUAUGGCUAAAGUCACCAAUGCCUACGACCUUCCUGCAAGGAAAGUUAUCCAUACUGUUGGCCCAAAGUAUGCUUCGAAGUACCAAACUGCUGCAGAGAAUGCUUUAAGCCAUUGCUAUCGUUCUUGCCUAGAACUUUUAAUUGAUCAUGGGCUUAAAAGCAUUGCCAUGGGAUGUAUUUAUACUGAGGCAAAGAACUAUCCCCGUGAGCCAGCUGCGCAUGUAGCUAUAAGAACUGUGCGGCGGUUUCUUGAGAAGCAGAAAGACAAUAUAACAGCUGUUGUCUUUUGCACUACCAGCACAACUGAUACUGAGAUAUAUAAAAGGUUGCUUCCACUCUACUUCCCUCGGGAUAAACAGGAGGAGGAGAUGGCUUUGUCAAAGCUUCCUGCAGAUGUUGGAGAUGAGAAUGGUGAGACUGUCAUAGAUGAGCGUAAAAUCAGAAUAAAGCCUUUGCCUCAAAAAAAGGUUUCAAAAGAAUCAAAACCUGCUAAAGCUCCUGUUGAUCUUCCUGUUAGUGAUGUCGGUUCAGUUCGCAGGACUUCAUCACAUUUAGAUACAUAUUUGGAUCCUGCCUUCAUGUCUUUGAUUAAAGACCCUGAUGAAAGACGUAUGGAGCAGUGGGAGAAAACUGUUCAAGCACAAAGAGGCUGGAAUUUUGCUAACGUGCUUGGAUUUGGUGACUUAGGUGGACCUCCAUUGUCUGCCGCUGAAGAAUAUUCUCUGCACUCUAGAUAUCUUUCAAAAGCAAAAUCCUUAAAUUUGUCUGAAAUUGCAGAGAUGAAAAUUAUCUAUCGCGGAGGGGUAGACAGUGAGGGUCGUCCUGUCAUGGUUGUUGUGGGGGCUCACUUUUUGCUUAGAUGUCUUGAUCUGGAGCGAUUUGUGCUUUAUGUGGUGAAGGAGUUCGAACUUAUAAUGCAGAAGCCUUACACUAUUGUAUACUUUCACUCUGCUUCAUCUCUGCAGAUGCAACCAGACCUAGGUUGGAUGAGAAGAUUACAACAAAUACUUGGACGGAAGCACCAGCACAACCUGCAUGCAAUAUAUGUCCUCCACCCAACCCUUGGACUAAAAUUGACAGUAUUGGCACUUCAGUUGCUUGUUGACAAUAUGGUUUGGAAGAAAGUGGUAUAUGUUGAUAGACUACUACAGCUCUUUAGAUACAUACCCCGUGAACAAUUGACCAUCCCAGAUUUCGUCUUUCAGCAUGACUUAGAAGUGAAUGGAGGAAAAGGUCUCAUUGUGGAUCCAAGAACAAAAUAUGUUUAUCACCGACCAUGAGCAUGCCACCUGCAGUUCUAUCAUCAGUUGAUAAAAGAGCAUCACUUACUGUAGUUUCUUCAUUAUUUGCCUUGCCAUUAUUCUCACUGGCAAGUGGAAGAGAGGGUCUAUAUAUGUGUAUGGAAGAAUUAAUUUUUUUACUUUUUGAAAAUUGUUAAAGUAUUGCUAAGUUUAUUUGUAAGUAAAGUAGUAUUGUUAAUUUUUUUUCUCUGUAAUAUUCUGAGUUGUGAAUAUGGUUCAAGGUGAUUUUGAUCUCUGUUGAAGCUGGCUUUUGGUGCACAAGGGUAUAAAAUCAGGCUUAAGAUGUUCAUUUUUCUCA